AUGUCGACCGAGCCAGGCCGCCCAGCUCUUCCUCUCCUUUUCCUGCAGGUUCUCUACAUCCAGGCUUUCGUGCUGGUUUUCCUGCUGGGCAAAUUUAUGGGCAAGGUGUUUUUCGGGCAGCUGCGGGCAGCAGAAAUGGAGCACCUGCUCGAGCGGUCGUGGUACGCCGUCACGGAGACCUGCCUGGCUUUCACCGUCUUCAGGGACGACUUCAGCCCCCGCUUCGUGGCCCUCUUCACCCUCCUCCUCUUCCUCAAGUGUUUUCACUGGUUGGCCGAGGACCGGGUGGACUUUAUGGAGAGGAGCCCGAACAUCUCCUGGCUCUUCCACUUCCGCAUUGUCUCGCUCAUGUUCCUCCUGGGGAUUCUGGAUUUCCUCUUUGUCAGUCACGCUUACCACAGCAUCCUCACGCGAGGAGCCUCGGUGCAGCUGGUGUUCGGCUUUGAGUACGCCAUCCUCAUGACCAUGGUGCUGACCAUCUUCAUCAAAUACGUGCUGCACUCCAUCGACCUGCAGAACGAGAACCCCUGGGACAGCAAAGCCGUCUACAUGCUCUACACGGAGCUCUUCACGGGCUUCAUCAAAGUCCUGCUCUACAUGGCCUUCAUGACCAUCAUGAUCAAAGUCCACACCUUCCCGCUCUUCGCCAUCCGCCCCAUGUACCUGGCCAUGAGGCAGUUUAAGAAAGCGGUGACGGACGCUAUCAUGUCCCGCCGGGCCAUUCGCAACAUGAACACGCUCUACCCCGACGCCACCCCGGAGGAGCUGCAGGCCAUGGACAACGUGUGCAUCAUCUGCCGCGAGGAGAUGGUGACGGGCGCCAAGCGUUUACCCUGCAACCACAUUUUCCACACCAGCCCGGGGCUCCCGGCGCCCGCCGCCGCAGCGGGAUCGGAGGCCGCUCCCGCGGGAGCGGUGCCUGGACUUCCCUUCCCGCCGCCCUGGAUGGGGAUGCCGUGGCCGCCGCUGUUUGGUUUCCCUCCCAUGCCGAUGCCGCCCGCCGGCUUCGCGGGGCUGACGGAGGAAGAGCUGCGGGCCAUGGAGGGCCACGACCGGCAGAACCUGGAAGCUAGGCUGCAGUGUCUGCAGAACACCCCCACGCUCCUGGACGCCGCCAUGCUCCAGAUCAACCAGUACCUGACGGUCCUGGCGACCAUCGGCAAUUUUUCCCAGCUCUCCGAGCUGCAAUUCUGCAAACUCAGGCGAUUCCGCUUUGUUCCCUCAGAUUCAGCCGGGCUGGCGGGUGCCGAGGGCUUCACGCCUCUCACCGGGCCGGAGGAGGAAGGCGAGGAAUCGUCUCUGUUGGGGGAGCCCGACGCCGCGGAGCUCCGGAGACGCCGGCUCCAGAAACUGGAAUCGCCCCCUUCCUCUUCGCACUGACGACCUUCCUCCGCGGCUCGCCUGGGUGACCGAUUUGGGGCUCUGAUGAUUCCCCCUCCCUUCUCCCUCCCUCUUCCUCCUCCCCGCUGCCGAAAUUUCACGGAAGACCAAGGCGUGUGUGCGGGGACGGCGGCGGGGGAGCCGAUGACGUUGUCCCUCCGCGUUAGGGGCCCUCGCGCGCAGAAGAACGGCCUCGUCUCGAGGCCGGGGAGACGG